AAACGUUUUCUUGCGAUAUGUAGAUGAAAGUGGGUAUGCGUCUGUGGAUGUAAGUGACGAUGAGACCUAUGAUAAAUACUUACAAGAUGGUAUUCAUCCUGAUGAUGACGGAAAUGACGUACGUUAUAAUUCCCUUGGUGAAACCUCCCACAUGAUAACCAAGAAGACCAAACUGUCUAUUAUCCAGGAACAGGCAAGAAACAAAACAGCUACCAGUCCCACGUCCGCAGAAUCCACGCCGUUUGUUUCACCUGUUGUGCCGCUUCAGCAGCAGAUUCCUGUACAAGAUGAGAACUUGUUGGCCACAAUUGGCCUUAGUACCAGUGUUCAAUUGCCACCACCUUUAGA